AGACAGCGAUAGAGAGAGAGAGAGAGAGAGAGAGAGAGAGAGAGAAACAGAAAGAGGUCGAGAGAGCAGAGGUUGGAAUUGAUCUUUAAAGAUCUGGUUCAGCUGAAGGUUGUGGAUUAUUGAGUCUCUCGGAUCUUCAGGAUGAGGAUUACCUUCAUUUUCCUCCUUCUGACACUCUGGUCUGAAAGUGCCCACAGUGAACUAAAGAACCAGGAGACCAACCUCAACCAGGAGCAUGAGCGAGUGCUGAUAAGGACUAAGAGGAGAUGGGUUCUGUCUACAAUAGAACUGGAGGAGGAGGAUCCGGGACCUUUCCCUAAAGAGGCAACAAAGUUGUAUAAUGAUAAGUCAGCAAACUACAAGCUGAAGUUCAGUAUCAAAGGUCAGGGUGUGGAUGAGGAUCCUGUGGGCGUUUUCACCAUAAACGACCAGACCGGAGUCGUCUACGUUCACAAACCUAUAGACCGCGAGAUGUACCCCGUCUUCAUGGUGGAGUUUGAUGUGUGGGAUCGAGCAUCUGACACACUUGUGGAUAAAACCUUAUCGUUUAAUGUGGCGAUAAAAGAUAAAAACGAUAACAUUCCUGAGUUCCUCCCUCCAUUACUCCAGACCACAGUUCCAGAGAACAUUAAAGAAGGAGUGCUGCCGAUCUCGCUCCAGGCGAAGGAUAAAGAUGAGAAAGGGAACGAUAACUCACGCCUCACCAUGAGAAUUAUCUCCCAGGAGCCCAAAACUCCGAUUUUCUCCCUCAAAUCCAUCUCCCGCAGCACCGACGACAGCAUGGUCUCCCAGCUCGUCCUCUCCGGCUGCUUCGACUACAGCAAAGCUAAUAUGUAUAAACUGCUGGUUGAAGCUCAGGAUCAGGGAACUCCAUCACUUUCCUCCACCUGCACCGUCCUCAUCAACAUCACCGACUCCAACACACACCCGCCCCAGUUCACCGCUGCUAAAUUCAACACUCAGGUUCUGGAGAUGGAGACGAAUAAAGAGAUUUUACGUCUGCCAGUAACAGACGGAGACACGCCCAACACUCCCGCCUCCAGAGCCCGAUACACCAUCCUGAAGGGCAACGAGGACGACAACUACAAGAUCGAGACCGACCCCAAGACCAACGAGGGGGUUUUAACAGUCAUUAAGGGGAAGGACUUUGAGAGAACGACGCUGACGGAGUUGGAGAUCGAGGUGGAGAAUGAGGAACCUCUGUUUUUAUGUAUUAAUGGAAAACCGGCGACUCCAGAUCAGCUGACCGCCUUCAAACCCAACACCACUAAAGUCGCUGUUAAAGUGAUCGACGUGAACGACGCACCGACGUUCGUAACCAGGCUGCAGACGGUGUACAGAAAAGAAGAAACCAACCCGGGAGACCUGCUGUACGAACCGGUCGUCAAAGACGUGGAUUCAGACGUUAAUAAAAUCAGGUAUGAGAUAGUAGAUGAUCCGGCUAAGUGGAUAAAAGUGGACCCUAAAACGGGGAAGGUGACGUCGGUGAAGAAGAUGGACCGAGAAUCUCCGUACGUCAAAAACGGAACCUAUACGGUUCUGAUCCGAGCUAUAGAUGAUGGGGAGCCUCCUGCUACAGGUACAGGUACUCUGGUGGUUCACCUGGGGGAUAUUAAUGAUAACACCCCCCGGCUGUCGUCUAACGGCUUGGUGAUGUGUGGGAAUAAGGCGGAUCGGGUGGAGGUGAAGGCGGUGGAUGAUGAUGCUCCUCCGUUUGGAGGACCGUUCAGCUUCUCGGUGGGCAGUGAGGAUAAAGAUCUGCUGAACAUGUGGAGGUUCGACCCGAGCACAGGGCUGCAGACGUCUCUGAUCAGUGUGAAGAGUUUACCGUAUGGGAACUACACGGUUCCUCUAAGGAUCGAGGAUCAGCAGGGACAGGUGGGACAGGACGUCCUGAAAGUGGUGGUCUGUGACUGUGGGGAUCAGGACACGUGUCGGGGUCUGCUGCCUCGAAUCUUCAACCUGCACGGAGCUGCUAUCGGCAUCCUGCUGGGGACGCUGCUGCUAAUAGCUCUGCUGCUCUGCUGCUGUUUUUUCUGCGAGUACAAGGCCAAACAGUUCACCCUGAACCUUCAGGACGAGGGAAACCAGACCCUCAUCAACUACAACGAGGAGGGGGGAGGAGCUCUCGCCAAGGCUGAACCCCAGCUCCACUCCCGCACCAGCACUAACGGUGGAGCCCUGCAGCUCACAGAUUUCUCCCAGAAAAGAGCCUCAAUGCAGAGCGCAGCAGGAGCCAUGUCUUUAGCGGGUCUUCAGAUGGCGGAGAACAGUGGAACUAUGAUGAGCCAGGGUUGGGGUACAGUCAGGAACAGCACAUUCAGGAGCGGAAGCAGCAGAUUCUCCAGGUCUUUCAGCUACAUGUCAGACUGGAACAUAGAGGAUCAUCUUCAACGGAAGCUGUAUGAACUCGGGGAGGAUCAGCUGGACUUCCCGCAGCACCGUCCCCGCGAGUACGCGGACGAGGGCACAGACAGUAAGUGUCCGUCUCUGGACCGGCUGUCCUUCAGCGGAGACGAGGACAACCUGGACUUCAUCAACAACCUCGGACCCAAGUUCCAGACUCUGGACGGGAUCUGCAGGAAAACGCUGGAGGAGAAGAAGCUGAAGACCUGAGGAGGAGGACGGAGGGAAACACGGACACUGGAGUUACACAUUUUUAUCCAUUUUUUAAUUUUUUGGAUUUUUUUAAAAUGGAUUUUGGACAAAUGAGAAAAAAAAGAAAAAGUAAUGGGAUAAUUUGUGCAGAUGAUGAAAGAUGAAUAUAGCGUGAUACACGUGGAUCACAUCACCGUCACAUCUUUUCUCAGCAUGUCACCUGAGUACUGAUUACACCUACUACAGCCCUGACUGAGCUAGAGCUCUAAAACUACUAUAGAGGUUAAAAAAACUAUAUUACAUAAACUAUAUUUAGAUGGCAUAAAAAAAAAAAAAAAAUAUAUAUAUAUAUAUAUAUAUAUAUAUAUAUAUAUAAAUAAUAUUUAAUAUUUAAUGGUGUACACUAGUUCGGAAAUCAAGUUUUGUUCUGAUGUAAAAUUUGCUGUUGAAAAAAAAGUUUCGCCUUGUCUUUGUCGAAA